CUGUGUGCAGACAGCCGGAGCUGGAGGCUCGGGUUUAUCUGGGAGCAAAGAGAAAGCCAUUCAGGAGCUGCACGCCGUCAGGUGAAGGAAGGCUCCGCCGCUGGGGGGAAGGAGAAGAGUUUGGAGGAUUUGACCUCUUUUCCAUUAAACUCUGGCUUGUGAGGACGAGCGCGGACGAUGACGGCGUUCUCAGCUCUUUGGAUGCUCUUCCUGUGCCAGCUGCUGUCGUCCUCCUUCGCCCAGAGGGUUGGCCCCAGAGGAACCCCAGGGCCUCAAGGACCACCAGGACAACCAGGAAGGGAUGGCACUGAUGGGAAACCAGGACCUCCUGGGUUGCCAGGAAAAGCUGGCCCAAAAGGGAAAGAAGGCAUUCCAGGAGGACCAGGAAAACCAGGUCUGCCAGGACUUCCAGGAAUUGAUGGCUUGACCGGUCCAGAUGGUCCUGCUGGCAGAGACGGACCCCCAGGGGAAACAGGUGAAGCUGGACCUCCGGGGCCACCUGGACCUCCUGGCAGGGGGAGACCAGGAGCCCCAGGAUUACCUGGGACCAACGGGUUGCCGGGCGGAGCCGGACCCCAGGGAGCAGCAGGUCCAGAGGGUCUUCCAGGACUUCCAGGACCUCCUGGCCCUGAUGGACCCCCAGGGCUUCCUGGCUCUCUUCAAGAUCUUAACGGUGACCUUCUGUGUCCUGCUAUCUGUCCUCCUGGUCCCCCAGGCCCACCCGGGAUGCCAGGAUUUAAGGGACACACUGGACACAAAGGAGACAAAGGAGAGCCCGGAAAAAAUGGAGAGAAGGGGGAUUCUGGUCCACCGGGACAGUCAGGUGUUCCAGGAACUGUUGGUCUGCAGGGCCCUCGUGGUCUAAGGGGUCUGCCAGGCUCAAUGGGAUCUGCAGGGGACAGAGGCUUCCCGGGUUUCAGAGGCAAACCUGGCAUGGCUGGAAUCAUUGGAAAGACAGGCGAUGUUGGGGAAAAAGGACCGCAGGGGUUUAAGGGACCUAAAGGAGAGAUUGGCAAAAUUGGUCCCAAAGGAGCACUGGGUGGAGCAGGACCCAAAGGGGAGCCUGGUAUACCUGGACGAGAUGGGAAAGAUGGAACGCCGGGGUUGGAUGGCGAGAAGGGUGAUCCUGGACGCCAUGGAGUAGUUGGAGAGAAAGGACCAAAUGGACUUCCUGGUUUGCCUGGAAAGGCUGGAGCUAAGGGGUCAAAAGGACAAAUCGGUGAUCCAGGGAAGAAUGGGGAGCAAGGACCCUCUGGAGAGCCAGGUAUUCCUGGUGAAAUUGGCAUUCCAGGAAUCAGAGGGAUACCAGGUCCCAGAGGAGUGGCUGGAGGUAUUGGACCAGUAGGCAAUUCUGGGCCUCUGGGAGUGAAAGGCUUUCAGGGAGUCAAAGGAGCCUUGGGCGACCCAGGCCUUCCAGGGCCAACAGGACUCCGUGGGGACUUUGGUGACAGAGGUCCAGUUGGAGCUUCUGGAGCAAAGGGAGACAUAGGUGUGGCUGGAAGUGAUGGUUUACCAGGAGAGAAUGGAGAACCUGGUCCGUUUGGGCCAGUUGGACAGAAAGGAGAGUCAGGAAAGAGAGGUGAACUGGGGCCCAAAGGUGUGACAGGUCCACAAGGCGAGAUCGGGGCCAGAGGGCCUCCAGGAAAACCAGGACUGAUGGGCUUCCAAGGGGAACAGGGUGUGCCAGGAAUCGCAGGAAAGACCGGUGUACCUGGUAAACUAGCAAGUGAGCAGCACAUCAGAGAGCUGUGUGGUUCCAUGAUCGAUGACCAGAUUGCACAGCUGGCGGCCAACCUGCGGAGGCCCCUUGCCCCAGGAACAGUGGGCCGACCCGGCCCCGCGGGUCCUCCAGGAAAGCAAGGGGUUGCUGGUUCGGUCGGGCAUCCAGGGACCCGUGGACCGCCAGGAUACAGAGGCCUGCCAGGAGAACUUGGAGAUCCAGGACCCAGAGGUGAUGUUGGUGAGGCAGGUGAUAAGGGACCUGUGGGCAAAACCAUUGAUGGGCCUCCUGGAGACCAAGGACACCAAGGUCUUCCUGGAGUACGUGGGAUUGUCAAAGAUGGCCGUGAUGGGUCUCCUGGAGAUCCGGGUGAGCCUGGAGAGUCUGGCAGGGCAGGUAGGACUGGGCAUCAGGGUCCCCCAGGGAUCUGUGAUACAACAGCCUGCCAGGGAACGUCACCAGCUGGGAAAUCCUCAAACCCCAAAAACAAUUAAACACGACUUCCUGCAGCCUGACCGCUCCGCUUUUAGGAGGGAAGGUUAACAUGAGGAGGAGAGGAAUGACAAGAGAACGUUCACAACAAGUCCACUUUAUUUAAAUACAUGUAUCACAAGGGAGGAAUAACAUCUACAAAUGUGAAUGGAGGAACAUUCCAAGAGUGACAGGAACACCAAAGCAACUGAGAGACCCAAAAGAUUACAGGUAAUAUCUUGAAAUAAAGCAGAUCAGGCAAGGAAAAGAAAACAAGAGAACAACUGUAGUGACUCAAAAGUGUCACAUAACAACUGGCAUAAGUUUGUAAAUGUUUCGAUGCUCCAUUUGUUUUGAUUAUCAACGCGACAACUGUGACCGUCUCUGAUGUGAACGCCCAUUUGACACGGCUUAUUGUGUGAAUCACAGGUGUUACCUCAAUAUACAAACUGACAGUAUAAAAUGUGGACAAAGGUGCUGGACCUGUAUAUGUACUGUAAAAGUAAUAAAAUAACAAUUACCCAGGUGCCCAGAAAUUGUGUAGAAUGCAAAAAAAAAAAAAAAAAACUUAACUGUUUUUGUUUUUUUGGGGGGGUUUACAGCUUGUUUUUUUACAUAACUUGUAAAGUGAAGGUGAUUCACUAAAGGUAAGAGAAUAAAGAAGAUCAAACUUGUGGAUGCAUAAGUCAGACCUGUAUAAUUCAUAAAGAAAUUUGAAAAUGUUUAUUUUUAUUUUUUUGUUUUUCAAUCAGCAAAGACAUCCACUGUGUACCGCCGGUGCUGUAACUAUUAAAUAUACAUUACUUUAAAUACUAUUUAUUAUUGUGGGGACUGUUGUAUGUACAGCUACAGCGACAUGUUGUAAGAACAAAUAAAGCCACUUUUCAGUAAAACAA